AUCGACUGUUGUCCUAAAAUAUUCGAACGAAGCUUAAAGAAGAGAGAAGAAAACGAAUUUAUCAAAACCCGACGUAGAAGAGACCCAUCCCUAAUUAAUACUUUUAUUGGUUCGCGUUAGGUUUUUGGUUUUAAGCGGUCACUCACCGUCUGGAAAAAUUUUGAAUCCAUUUCAUCGUCGUGUGUAGUCGAUGGAAGCUCUGUACGCCAAGCUCUACAACAAAUACACCACCCUCAAGGAGAGGAAAUUUUCGGAAUUGGAUGAAGUUAAUAAGAAACAAGAAGAGAAGUUCCUUCGCUUUGUUGAUGCGUCAGAGGCCCUGACGCAGCAUUUGAGAAGUGAAGACCAGAAUUCGAAGGAGAUCAUAAGGAGAAUGAGGGAUGAGAUAAGUGAAAUCAGAUCCGCCAGGCACGAGGAGCGUCUGGAGUUUCAAAACCGUCUUGCUGAAGAAGAACGAAAGAACAAGGCACUUUCGGAGCAAGUUGAGAAGCUUAAAGAGCUUAUCUCAGAGGGAGUUCCUCAAAGUGGAAGAAAACAAAAGACUCCUCAAGUUACUACUAGAAGCAUGGGGAAACGUAGAAGGCUGACAGAGGAUGAUAUAGUAGAAACAGACAUGGUAUCUCCUCAUGUUAGCAUACCUCAUGAAUCAACUACGGAAACUCUCUUGGUUUCUCAACCCCAAUGCUCUAAAACAGCCGACGUUGGAUCAAGUAGCUCUGCUGGUUCUCCAUUCCAAGCUCUUAGCGAACAAUUGACAGGAAUGAAACUGUCAACUAAUAACGAAGGCGAACGAGUCUGCAUUAUAGCCUCGCAUCCAUCAAGCGGUCUAUCAUUCAGCUUAACUUUGGUAGAUAACUCAACUGGUGAAGAAGCUGAGCUGCUCUACAAUGUUGUAUCGCUGGGGACAUUUGAAAGAGUUGUGCCCAACUGGAUGAGAGAUGUUAUAAAGUUUAACACAAGUAUGACUCCUCUCUUCUUCGAAAGGGUCUCUCGAGUCAUUAAGCCCCGGGAUUGAUCGGUAAUGUACAUCUGCCUCCCUUAACUUCCGCCAUCAUCUUUGAUGGCUUCUUAGUUUGGUGUUUCUCAGUAGGUCAAAACGUUAGGGAAGUUUUCAUGUAUCUAUAGAAAUGUUUGUAUCCCUGUUUAGCUUUUGACAUUGGUUAUGCAGACUUAUUGUGUCCUUUUCAAGAUGUUUAAUCGUCCUUUGCUCUCGGCACCUACUCUCUUGUAGUUCCUAAUGU